CGUUGGCCACGCAUGCGUUUAAAUAAUUUAGAGAAGAUGGCUACAGAGAAAGAUGUUGACGAAAUUUUUGAGAUCAAAACAGCUUUAUACACGGGGAAUUAUCAGCAAUGCAUCAAUGAAUGUCAAAAAUUAAGGCUGCCCAACCCAGACCUUAAAACAGCUAAGGAUGUUAUAAUGUACAGGGCUUACUUGGCUCAGAGAAAAUAUGGUGUUGUUUUGGAUGAAAUUAAUUCUUCACACCCUCCAGAACUGCAGGCAGUUAAGAUGUUUGCUGACUAUUUAUCCAGUGAAAGCAAGAGAGCUUCUAUAGUAAGGGACUUGGACCAGAAGAUGAGUUCAAGUGUUGAUGUUUCCAACAGCACAUUCUUAGUCAUGGCUGCCUCAAUCUACAACCAUGAACAAAACAGUGAUGCUGCAUUGAGAGCUCUGCAUCAAUCCGAUGCCCUAGAAUGCAUUGGUCUUACUAUCCAGAUUUUACUCAAGUUAGAUCGAGUUGACCUUGCAAGGAAAGAGCUUAAGAGAAUGCAGGAGAUUGAUGAGGACAACAUUCUCACACAACUGGCUCAGGCCUGGUUUAAUCUGGCUGUGGGAGGGGAGAAAUAUCAGGAUGCUUAUUACAUUUUCCAAGAGAUGGCAGACAAACACAAUUCUACACCUCUGUUACUGAAUGGUCAGGCAGCCUGUUAUAUUGCACAGGGGAAAUUUGAUGAUGCUGAAUCUGUACUGCAAGAGGCCAUGGACAAGGAUUCCAAUAAUGCAGAGACUCUUGUGAACAUGAUUGUUUUAACACAGCAUAUCGGAAAACCACCAGAGGUCAGUAAUAGAUAUGUAUCACAACUGAAAGACUCUCAUCGCAGCCAUCCAUUUGUCAGGGAUUAUUUACAAAAGGAGAAUGACUUUGACAGAAUUUCUAGGAACUACUCUCCUUCCGUAACAGCCUAGCAUACAAAGACUAUUUUUUCAUCGCCCAUUUUCUAUUAAACAAAAAAAAAAGACUUAUGAAUGUUUAUGAACCUGUAAUUAAGAACAUAUUACAGAUAAUUUUUUUUAAUUAUGGAAGAUGUAUCAUUGCAUAAAUACAUGUAUUUAUUCAUCUUUGA